CUCACUUCCUCGUUUGAAGAAACUUUCCGUCAUAGACAUAUGGGGAGACGCAGGAUUUUGCCUCAUGCAUCGCCUCUCUUUUCCUCUUUCAGUUCACAUCUCAAUGCGGACACUGUGGGUAUCCAGUAGCCUAGCGUCGCCUUGCCACGACUACGCCGACAUCAUCGUCGCAAAAAUGGACGGCGCGAUCUAUAGGACAUUCUCACUCUCCACGGUACUCGGUACAGGACUCGCUAUCGAUCUCUGGAACGACCGCCUGGCCACCGACAGCCUCCCUCCGCAAAGGCGCUCAAACAGCGCGGGCCGUUUCAGCAUUUUGCUGGGCUGCCACCAUCGUCUGUUCAUGCAGCGUCUCGUCGAGCGGCUUCCGCUCUCCCAAAUUGAGUGCGCCCUGCUCGUCGAGAGGACGGUCGGCUUCGCGCACGGAGUGUCCUGGAAGACCGUCCUGUCGUCCAUGCCCGCCGUCGAGGACCUCGCGCUGCGGUACGAGACCUUCGACCACCUCACCCCGAGCGCCGAGCCAUAUCGUAUCGCGCCUGCCGACACCCGCGCGCUGUGUCCGUCGCUGAAGACGCUCCGGAUACGCGAGUUCCACCACCGGAGCUCGAUGAUACAGGGCUCCUCGCCCGACCUCGUCCACCUCGGCUGCCUCGCGCGUGGAUUGGCGGCGCGCCGGGAAGACCCAGUCCUUGGGCCUGUGGACGUCACCCGGGAAGUCGAGAGCUUCCAUUUGAUGUAUCCCUGCCUCUGUGGAGGUGAGCGCAACGAGGAGCGGCCGCCUAGCGGCGGUGAGGUCGGUGUGGCCAGCCAUCCCCCACCGCCGUCGCCACUGCCGCUACAACUAUCGACGCCGCCACCGCCACCGCCACCACCAUCACCACAACCACCACCGAGGAACCGCCACAGGGCGCGCAUCCUCGAGUAUGCUUCCCGUAUAUCUCGUUUGUUCAAACGACGCUAGCGCGCUCUUUGUAGCCAGGGUUUAUGUAUUCCUCCCAAGUUUAGUACUUUUUCUCGUUGCAUUCUACCAGUAACAGCAGGGCAUGAGGCUCACCUAGUACUGUUGCACAUCAUGUCGGCUCAGUGCUUAUCG